AUGCCUUCUUCUUCAAACUUGAAGUCAGGACAGCUGACCAACGACGAGCUCCAACGAUGUCUACAGCACCUCAAAUCGAUACACCCACGAUGUACAGUCGAUCCCCUGCCAGCUCAAGGAGGCUGUUCUUUCACCGUUUCCAUUCAGCACCAUGACGGACCUUCAGAGAAGACAAUAGCUCAAUUCCGCCCUUUUCAAUUCGCGUUAUCGCCAAACAUCAUGGAACAAGCAAUGGGCGUGCAUGGAGCACUAGUCCCAAGGCUGUUAUCGUGCUCCACAAUCUCUGCUCCUUCUUCUGAUGGAAGGGCCAUACAGCUCGUGGAGAUGAGCAAACUCGACGGCGUCUCGUUCUCCGAUCUGCAGCCUAAACGGCAACUGGAGGACGAAGAAGAAGAAGGUAGGCUGAGAAAUAUGAUCGAGGGUAUGGCGGCUUUCUUCACUCGGAGCUGGCUCGCUGCUGUGGAGGAAGAUGGGGGGAAGAGGGCAUGCAACGGCAAGAUCGGAAGGUCAAUACCACAACGACUGCAACACCUAUCGCUCCACCUUCCCUGUCCCGAUCUUCGACGCAAAGCGACCUCUGUCCUCACCGCCGUCCAAGCUGGAGGACUGAACAUCCUACCAAUCGUGUUGACGCAUGGAGAUCUCCUGCCGAGUAAUAUCCUCGUGAACCCGGACGACUGGCGAGUUUCGGGCAUAGUGGACUGGGCGGAGGGAGAGUGGUUGCCUUUCGGGAUUGGACUGUGGGGAGUUGAGCAUCUGUUGGGAUAUAUGUCGAAGAACGGAGAGCAUGGCAGGAUUGGCAAGGCCGAGGUCGUGUAUUUCUCGCGAGCUGACUUGCUGAGGGAACACUUUUGGCAAGGUCUGAAGAGGAGGAUUCCAAGGCUUGAAGAAGAGGUGAUGGCGAGAGCGGUGAGACUUGCGCGGGAUGUUGGGAUUUUGCUCUGGCACGGAUUUGCGUGGGAUGAUGGUCGUCUAGAUCGAGUGAUCAAUGCUGCGGAUGAUCGGGAGGAAUUGGCGUUUCUUGAGGCUAUGCUUGAUGUCGCAGAGAAUGAGUCACGAUGUAAGCUGUGA